CACACACACACACACACAAGAAAACAGACUCGAAACGACUCAAACUUCAUCAACACUUACCUGGUUCGAAGCGUUUUGAACAUUAAAGGAAAUUAUGAUAUCGUUUUUGUGGUGAGUGAGUCUACGACAAGUCGUUUGGGAAGUUAUUAUUACUAUUCCCCUCCAACGGUUACAUUAUUGUGUUUUUCUUGGCCCGGAAGGUGUUUUUUUCUUCUUGUUGCUCAAAACGACAACAACAAACAGCACAGAAAAAGGAAAAAAAAUCUUGUUUUGUGACUCUACCAAAAAACUUCAGUGUGGUCUGUGUGUUGGCCGAAAGCCUGGAUCAUCGCUCACGAAAAAAAUUCUUGGGACAUUUCUGGCCAGCCAAUCACAUCAAUCAGCAGAAGCAACCGAGAGAAUUGGUACUUCCAAACAAGGUGGUGUCGGAUGUAGCGGACUCGUCUUCGCUCUUCACUACGCAACGAGGCCUUCAACGAUGAGGCUGUGCGCUUUGGCCGGCGUCUUGGCCGUUCUGGCGCUGACAGGACGAGCCGACGCUUUCUGCCCAGUCGGUUGCCUUUGCGACGAUGAAACGCUGCAGGUGACCUGCGACGAAGCCAAUCUGGAAGUCAUCCCAAUCACCCUCAAUCCUUCCGUCCAGCGUCUGGUGCUCCGACAAAACAAGAUAAAGACCGUUGACGACACGGCGCUACGCUUCUACGUCGAACUUCUCUACGUCGAUUUCUCUCACAAUAGAUUGGUAUCUAUUCAAGAUAGGACGUUUGAAGGUCAACGCAAACUCAACGAGCUCCGGCUGGAUCACAACAAAAUAUCUGUCAUAGGCAACGGCACUUGGCUGGGACUCAGCCGCGAUCUGUCGAUCUUGUCUUUGAGAGAGAAUUACAUCAGCUCUUUGGAUGAGAGAGCUUUCGCCACAGCCGGACGAAUCCGAGAGCUGGAUCUCGGAAGGAACAGGAUAGAGCAGAUCCAUCCGGACGCUUUUGCCGGCCUUCCCAACUUACGCAUUCUCUACUUGGACAGCAACAAGCUGAGCUACAAUUCGCCGCCCAGCUUCCCGGCUUUCCUGGCACCCCUGCGUCCCCUGGCUGAAUUGAGUUUGGCCGGCAAUGAUCUUCCUUGGCUGGCCGACGGUCUCUUUAGCGCCUUAUCCGAACUCAGUCAGCUGGACUUGAGCGGAUGUGGCGUGCGCAACGUUUCGACGGAAGCAUUCCGAGGCCUGAGCCAACUGCGCGGAUUGAAAUUUCACGACAAUUUGCUGUCGGUCGUUCCGACUCACGCCUGGCCGCCCCUCUCGCAUUUGGAGGUGUUGACGUUGGGCCAAAACAACAUUUCCGUCAUCGAAGCGAAAGCUUUCAGUGGACUGGUGCGGCUGAAGCAGCUGGACGUCAACGACGCCGUCCAGCUGACGUCGGUCGACGCCGACGCCUUGUACGCCAAUCGCGAACUCGUUCAACUUCGGCUGACCAAUUGCAAGCGAUUGUCCAAAUUGCCGGAAGGUUUCCUCGGCCGGUCGGCCAAUUUGCGUCGGCUGGUGCUACGCGACAACGGGCUCACUUCGCUGUCGGACAAAAUGUGGGGGGCAUCGGGUCCCGGCCAAUUUCAGCUGGUCGAUCUCGGUGGCAAUCCGUUCCAUUGCGAUUGUAAAUUACUCUGGCUCAGGGACUAUCUGCUGGGCACGUUCAAGACGACAGUCGGGUCCGUCACGGUGACGCACCACAUGAAGAGGCGCGACGUUGCCGCAGAGAACCAAUUGCUGCCCAUGCCAACAGAAGCCGUUUGCGCCUCUCCGCUUCCAGUGUCCAACAUGGCGCUGUCGUCCCUGUCGGACGACGAGCUGGGCUGCCGGACGUCGCUGAUGCGCUCGCCCCAGUUGGUGGUGGGACUGGUGGCGGCCGGGGCCGCCUGUCUGCUCGUCUUUGCCGCCUGCGUGGCGUGUCGAUUCCGCCGGCGGAUCAGACAGUCGUGCUGCGGAGCUUCCAAGCCGCACCCGACCAAAGCCGAGGACGCGCGAACGCUGUCCAGCAAGUGGAAACCUGCAUCGCCCAACACGUCGUGGGGCAUCAGCGCGCCGGCAGCCAUGAAUCACGGCGUGAGCCUGAUCGGCAACCGAGUGCCGGAAUACCAGAAAGCUUGCUCGCACGAAGAGGAAUGCUUUAUGCGGGCCGUCACGCUCCACAACAGCCUCAAACCGUUCCCGAGGACGGAAUUAUAAAAGACGCAAAUGGGAAACGAGAGAUGGCGGACGGACCAGCCGAAAACGUUUCCAAACGUCCACGACCGAUUUUUUUGGUUUGCGUUUUUUUUUUUUUUUUUGUUUUGUUUUUUUCUUUUCGAGUUUUUGAUGUCGAGUCAGUUCGUCUACUUAUAUGACACACAUAUAUAUUUGUAUAAUUUUUCUGUUUCAAAAGGAAUUUGUCAACAGUCCCAUUCUUCCUUGGCUCGCGCCUUUCUUUCACCGCCCUGUCUUUUUUUUUUUAAUUUUUUUCCCUUCCGUUUUUACGCGACGUAGACAUUCCACGGAUUGGGGAUCACUAGUGUCCAAAUUCUUCUUUAAAAAAAAAAAAAUGUAAAUCGAGUCAUGUCUUUUUUUUUUUUUUUUAUAGGUGAUCUCUGUUUGUUUCCCUUUUGGUUCUUUCUCGUCUCUUUCUUCUUCUUUCCCUGUCUCUUUUACUCCCGCAGUGUUUCUGACAGAUCUUCGACUUCACCAUCAAAAAAAAAAAAAGAAAGGAGAAAUUACGAGAAAAAAAAAAAAGAUUUUAUAGAAACUAGUCAUUGGUUCGACAGUGUGACCGUCAACGUUUUUUGUGUAAUAACUUUGUAUAGCGGUUGAAAAAAAAAAAUCGGUGCCAUAGAACAAAAAAAAAAGCGCCAUACGAAAAAAAAAAAUAAUAAUAAUAAUAAAUACUAUAGA